AAUGUAAAGGAAGUAAAUGCUGAAUUUGUAGUGUUUUUAAUUAUAUCACUGCUCUCUCUGUGUGUUAUGGAAACAAUAGGGAUAUUAAUAUUCUUUGAAGUUUUAUUUUAUUGCAAGCAAAACUGUGACAGGGAUACAGAUACAAAGUGUAAGUUUUCUUUGUUUGGCAAUUGCACUUGCUUUGAAUGAACAGAAUGUCAGCUGGAUUUUGCAGAAUAUGAGAUUUAAAGUCUGUUUUAUCAAGAUCUUUAAUGUGUAUCUUAUCGUAACUAGAUGGUAAACACAUUAAACACUGUGUUGGACACGAAUGCCUAAGGAAAGGAUCUUCCCCAUGGAUCAUGGCUUUAAUGUUCACAGGACAUUUCCUAUUUUUAACAUUGGUGAUGUUUAGUUUCUCUACUUCUAAAGAAUCUGUGAGCAAUUACUCUGAAUGGGCAGUUUUCACAGAUGAUAUAGAUCAGUUUAAGACCCAGAAAGUGCAAGAUUUCAGACCCAACCAAAAGCUGAGGAGAAGUAUGCUUCAUCCAAGUUUAUAUUUUGAUGCUGGAGAAAUCCAAGCAUUGAGACAGAAGUCUCGCACAAGCCAUUUGCACCUAUUCAGAGCGAUCAGAAGUGCAGUGACAGCUAUGCUGUCCAACCCAACAUACUACCUACCUCCACCCAAGCAUGCUGAUUUUGCUGCCAAGUGGAAUGAAAUUUAUGGAAACAAUCUGCCACCUUUAGCACUAUACUGUUUGUUAUGCCCAGAAGACAAAGUUGCCUUUGAGUUUGUCUUGGAAUAUAUGGACAGGAUGGUUGGCUACAAAGACUGGCUAGUUGAGAAUGCACCCGGGGAUGAGGUUCCAGUUGGUCAUUCCUUAACAGGUUUUGCCACUGCCUUUGACUUUUUAUAUAACCUAUUAGAUAAUCAUCGAAGACACAAGUACCUGGAAAAAAUCUGGGUUAUUACUGAAGAAAUGUAUGAGUAUUCCAAGGUCCGUUCUUGGGGCAAACAACUUCUCCAUAACCACCAAGCUACUAAUAUGAUAGCAUUACUCACAGGAGCCUUGGUUACAGGGGUGGAUAAAGGAUCUAAAGCCAACAUUUGGAAACAGGUUGUAGUAGAUGUGAUGGAGAAGACGAUGUUUCUAUUGAAUCAUAUUGUUGAUGGUUCUUUGGAUGAAGGUGUGGCCUAUGGAAGCUACACAGCUAAAUCUGUUACGCAGUAUGUUUUUUUGGCACAACGCCAUUUUAAUAUCAACAACUUGGAUAAUAACUGGUUAAAAAUGCACUUCUGGUUUUAUUAUGCUACCCUUCUACCAGGCUUCCAAAGAACUGUGGGUAUUGCAGAUUCUAAUUAUAAUUGGUUUUAUGGUCCAGAGAGCCAGCUUGUUUUCUUGGAUAAGUUCAUCUUAAAGAAUGGUGCAGGAAAUUGGUUAGCUCAGCAAAUUAGAAAGCACCGACCUAAAGAUGGACCAAUGGUUCCUUCUACUGCCCAAAGGUGGAGUACUCUUCACACUGAGUACAUCUGGUAUGAUCCACAGCUCACCUCACAGCCUCCUGCUGGGUAUGGUACUGCAAAAAUGCACACAUUUCCUAACUGGGGUGUUGUCACUUAUGGGGCUGGGCUCCCAAACACACAGACCAAUACCUUUGUGUCUUUCAAGUCUGGGAAGCUGGGAGGGCGAGCUGUGUAUGACAUAGUGCACUUUCAGCCAUACUCUUGGAUUGAUGGAUGGAGAAGCUUUAAUCCAGGGCAUGAACAUCCUGAUCAGAACUCAUUUACCUUUGCCCCCAAUGGGCAGGUGUUUGUUUCUGAAGCUCUUUAUGGCCCAAAAUUGAGCCAUCUUAACAACGUAUUGGUGUUUGCUCCCUCCCCCUCAAGCCAAUGUAAUAAGCCCUGGGAAGGUCAGCUGGGAGAAUGUGCACAGUGGCUGAAGUGGACUGGCGAAGAGGCUGGUGAUGCAGCUGGGGAGAUCAUCACUGCCUCUCAACAAGGCGAAAUGAUAUUUGUGAGUGGGGAAGCAGUGUCAGCUUAUUCUUCAGCCAUGAGACUGAAAAGUGUGUAUCGUGCUUUACUUCUCUUAAAUUCUCAAACUCUGCUCGUUGUAGAUCACAUUGAAAAGCAAGAAGCUUCCCCAAUAAAUUCUGUCAGUGCCUUCUUUCAUAAUUUGGAUAUUGAUUUUAAAUACAUCCCAUAUAGGUUUAUGAACAGAUAUAACGGUGCCAUGAUGGAUGUGUGGGAUGCACACUACAAAAUGUUCUGGUUUGAUCAUCGUGGCAAUAGCCCUGUGGCUAGUAUUCAAGAAGCAGAACAAGCUGCUGAAUUUAAGAAACGGUGGACUCAGUUUGUUAAUGUCACAUUUCAGAUGGAAUCCACAAUCACGAGAAUUGCAUAUGUCUUUUAUGGGCCAUAUGUCAAUGUUUCCAGCUGCAGAUUCAUUGAUAAUUCCAAUUCUGGACUUCAGAUUUCCCUCAACGUCAACAAUACUGAGCAUGUUGUUUCUGUUGUAACUGACUACCAUAAUCUGAAGACCAGAUUCAGUUACCUGGGAUUUGGUGGCUUUGCCAAUGUGGCUGAUCAAGGCCAAAUAACCCGCUUUGGUUUGGGCACUCAAGCAAUAGUAAAACCUAUAAGGCACGAUAGAGUUAUUUUCCCUUUUGGAUUUAAAUUUAACAUAGCAGUUGGAUUAAUUUUGUGUAUUAGCUUGGUGAUUUUAACUUUUCAGUGGCGGUUUUACCUUUCUUUUAGAAAGCUAAUGCGUUGGAUAUUGAUCCUUGUCAUUGCCUUGUGGUUUAUUGAACUUCUGGAUGUGUGGAGCACUUGCACCCAGCCCAUCUGUGCAAAAUGGACAAGGACAGAAGCCGAGGCCAGCAAGAAGGCAGUGUCUUCUGAAGAGCACCGUGUGGAUCUUCCUGAUGUUGUCAUUACCUCACUUCCUGGUUCAGGAGCUGACAUUCUCAAACAACUUUUUUUCAACAGUAGUGACUUUCUCUACAUCAGAGUUCCUACAGCCUAUAUUGAUAUCCCUGACACUGAAUUUGAAAUUGACUCAUUUGUAGAUGCUUGUGAAUGGAAAGUGUCAGACAUCCACAGUGGGCAUUUUCGUUUACUCCGAGGUUGGUUGCAGUCAUUAGUGCAGGACACAAAACUACAUUUGCAAAACAUCCAUCUGCGUGAACCCAGUAAGGGUAAACUGGCCCAAUAUUUUACAAUGAAUAAGGACAAAAAAAAGAAAUUGAAAAGGAGAGAGUCUUUGCCAGAACAAAGAAAUAGAAUGAGAGGCACCUUUGAUAGAGAUGCUGAAUACAUUAGGGCUUUGAGGAGACACCUGGUCUAUUACCCAAGUGCACGGCCUGUGCUCAGUUUAAGUAGUGGUAGCUGGACGUUAAAGCUUCAUUUUUUUCAGGAAGUUUUAGGAUCUUCAAUGAGGGCAUUAUAUAUAGUAAGAGAUCCCCGGGGAUGGAUUUAUUCAAUGCUAUAUAAUAGUAAACCAAGUCUUUACACUUUGAAGAAUGUACCAGAGCACUUAGCAAAAUUGUUUAAACUAGAGGGAGGUAAAGGCAAAUGCAACUUUAAUUUAGAUUAUGCUUUUGAGUAUGAACUUUUGAGGAAAGAAUUAUCCAAAUCCAAGUCAAAUGCUGUCUCCAUAUUGUCUCAUUUGUGGCUAGCAAACACAGCAGCGGCCUUGAGAAUAAAUACAGAUUUGCUGCCUACCAGCUACCAGCUGGUUAGGUUUGAAGAUAUCGUUCUUUUCCCACAGAAGACUACUGAAAGGAUUUUUGCUUUUCUUGGAAUUCCUUUGUCUCCUGCCACUUUAAACCAAAUAUUGUUUGCCACUUCCACAAACCUUUUUUACCUUCCUUACGAAGGGGAGAUAUCACCAACAAAUGCUAAUGUCUGGAAGCAAAACUUGCCUAGAGAUGAAAUUAAACUGAUUGAAAGCAUCUGCUGGACACUGAUGGAUCGUCUAGGAUAUCCAAAGUUUGUGGACUGAAUGCUGCAGGUCAGCAGAAAUUUGCACUAAAUCUUCUCAACCCGCUUUGUGGAUACAAAAUAGAAAAGUUUGUUUAUUCUUGUAUUGUGUGUGUGUAUGUGUGUGUGUGUGUAUGUGUGUGUGUUCAGUCUAUUUCUUGCACAGAGAGAUUAUUUUAAAAACAAGUACCAUAUUUGGCCUAGCAGGAUUUAUUUUUGUGUUUCCACAAUUUUUUCUGCUAAAAUGUUCUGCUACAGAGGUGUAGAUAAAAUUAUAUCAUGGGGGUCUGGGAAAAUGAGAAGAUUUUAAAGGAAUUUGUUUAACCCUUCUUCUGUAACUGUGUUGAUCUGUCAUGGGACCUCAGACACUACUAAGGGCCUUGC